GCUACCUACUGGAUCCGCAACGCGCUCACCCGGACCAUCCGCGAGCAGAGCCGCACCAUCCGCUUGCCCUCGCGCGUACAGACCGUCUACGCAAAGAUCGUGCGCGCCAAGGAGGAGCUGCGCGCCGGCGCCGCUUUCAACCCGACCGACGAGGAGGUGGCGGCGCUCGUGCGCCAGGUGGUCGAGCUCGUCAACCGGCGGGCAACCUCGCUCGACGCUCCGUCGGGCGACGACCUCACGGUGGGCGAUUUCCUGCCCGACGAGCGCGCCGAGACGGCGCAGGCGGAGAUGGUGCAGUCGAUGCUGCAGCGCGACCUGCAGAGCGUGAUGACGCGUUACCUCACCGAGGAGGAGGCGAAGGUGGUGCAGAUGCGCUUCGGUCUCGGCGGCAGCGGCGAGACGAUGGCGGUCAAGGAGGUGGGCGAGGCGCUCGGCCUCUCCUUCCACCGGGUGAAAAAUGUGCUCUUCGCUGCGCUGAGCAAGCUGAGG